AUGCCACCCUCUCCCCCGCUCCCGGCCCCCCCCCGCGCCCCCCCCCGCUACCGCCGCCACCCGAAGCCCCCCUACUCCUACCUGGCGCUCAUCGCCCUCGUCAUCCGCGCCGCCCCCGGCCGCCGCCUCAAGCUCGCCCAGAUCAUCCAGGAGCUCAGCAGCCUCUUCCCCUUUUUCGGGGGGGGCUACCAGGGCUGGAAGGACUCCGUGCGCCACAACCUCUCCUCCAACCCCUGCUUCGCCAAGGUGCUGAAGGACCCGGCCAAGCCCAAGGCCAAGGGCAACUACUGGACGGUGGACGUGAGCCGCAUCCCCCCGGCCGCCCUCCGGCUGCAGAACACGGCGGUGGCGCGGGGGGGGGCGGCCGCCUUCGCCCGCGACCUGACCCCCUUCGUCCUCCAAGGACACCCCUAUAACCGCGGGGUCCCCCCCAAACCCCCCGCGCCCCCCCCCGCCCGCCGCCGCCGCGCGGCCGGUUUCUCCAUCGCUUCCAUCCUCAGCGAUUUCCCCCAGGGCGGGGAAGAGUCGGGUAAAUCGGGGACCCCCCCCCCGCCACCUGCGGACCCCUCCCCAAAUUCUUUGUGGGGUUCAGCUCCCGUCCUCCACCUCGCUGCCCCCCCGGCGACCCCUUGGGCGCCCCCCACGGCUGCUCCCUCACUAUCGGGGGGCUCCGGUGCCCCCAGCUCGGAGCCCGACGGGGGUCCCCGCGCCCCCCCCCCAAACUGGGGGCAGCUUCCCACUUCCUACAGCACCGCCGUGGCCCCCAACGCCGUGGCCCCCCCGAGCGGCUCCCCUUUUCUCACCCUGGGUUGGGGGGUGCUGCCUCCCGGCCCUCCGCCGCCCCCAGGGGCCCCCCCGGACGCGGAGGGGGGGGCACAAGCGAUGCCCCCCAAUAAGAGCAUCUUCGAUGUGUGGCUGAGUCACCCCGGGGACAUCAUGCGCCCCCCGCUCCAUGGCUAGAGCCCCCCCCCCCAAAAUUGUGGGGGCCGGGGACCUCCGGGGGGGGCACGGUGGGGGCUAUGGGACCCCCCCCACCGCCCUGCACCCCCUGGCACCACCCAGCACCCAUCAGUGACUCCCAGCACCCACGCACCCCCCCGUCCCGCCCCCCACUGUGCCCAGACCACCCCAUCACCCCCCGCCGUGUCACCCCCAGCACCCACUGCCCCCCCCCUCCCUCCACGAUGGC